CCAGCUAUAUAUAGACCCAAAUCUCUAACUCUUGUUCCUCCUUAUUCUCGUCCAUUUUCAUCUCCGCCGACCGAGACUGCGAGACCCGACCCGACCCCAUCGUAUUCUCUCGAGCUCGUUGGCUUGGUCUUUGAUCGUCUUUCGCAUUCUCUUUUCCAAAGAUUUAUAAAAUAUGGCCGACGCAGAGGAUAUUCAGCCCCUCGUUUGCGACAAUGGUACUGGAAUGGUGAAGGCUGGGUUUGCUGGUGAUGAUGCGCCCAGGGCAGUCUUUCCCAGUAUUGUUGGUCGCCCUAGACACACUGGUGUUAUGGUUGGAAUGGGUCAGAAGGACGCAUACGUAGGUGAUGAAGCCCAGUCUAAAAGGGGUAUCCUUACCUUGAAAUAUCCCAUUGAGCAUGGUAUUGUUAGCAACUGGGAUGAUAUGGAGAAAAUUUGGCAUCAUACUUUCUACAAUGAACUUCGUGUAGCUCCAGAAGAGCACCCAGUGCUUCUCACCGAGGCUCCUUUGAAUCCCAAGGCUAACAGAGAAAAGAUGACCCAGAUCAUGUUUGAGACAUUCAACGUUCCAGCCAUGUAUGUGGCUAUCCAGGCAGUUUUGUCCCUUUACGCCAGUGGGCGUACAACUGGUAUCGUUCUGGAUUCUGGUGAUGGUGUGAGUCACACUGUGCCAAUCUACGAAGGUUAUGCUCUUCCCCAUGCCAUUCUCCGUCUUGACCUUGCUGGGCGUGAUCUCACUGAUGCUUUGAUGAAGAUUCUCACUGAGAGAGGUUACAUGUUCACUACCACUGCCGAACGGGAAAUUGUCCGUGACAUGAAGGAGAAGCUUGCGUAUGUUGCCUUGGACUAUGAGCAGGAACUCGAGACUGCCAAGAGCAGCUCCUCAGUUGAGAAGAACUAUGAGUUGCCUGAUGGCCAGAUUAUCACAAUUGGAGCUGAGAGAUUCAGAUGCCCUGAAGUCCUCUUCCAACCAUCUCUCAUUGGAAUGGAAGCUGCAGGAAUUCACGAGACUACCUACAACUCCAUCAUGAAGUGUGACGUGGAUAUCAGAAAGGAUCUCUACGGUAACAUUGUUCUCAGUGGUGGUUCUACUAUGUUCCCUGGUAUUGCAGACAGGAUGAGCAAGGAGAUCACAGCUCUUGCACCCAGCAGCAUGAAGAUUAAGGUUGUGGCUCCACCAGAGAGAAAAUACAGUGUCUGGAUCGGAGGGUCCAUACUUGCAUCCCUCAGCACCUUCCAGCAGAUGUGGAUUUCCAAGGGUGAGUACGACGAGUCAGGUCCUUCCAUUGUCCACAGGAAGUGCUUCUGAGUUCUUGCAAAAGUGCUAUGAUGGUGAGUUAUGUUUACAUUUAGUUGGCUUUUCGUGUUAUGUGUCAUGUGAACUCAGUUUGGUUGAAGUGGAAAGUAUUGAGAAAUGGGGUCAAUAUUGAAUUCACGCUUUAUCGUAUCUGCUGCUUUUGAGAGAAGAAAGAGAGGCUUUUACAUGCAAUGGCCCUAUGUGUAUGUGGGCAGAGAGGAAAAUUGAUUUAAAGUCCUUCCUGGCCGCGCAUCAUCUAUGGUUCAACCGUCUCUUUCAGUAGGAUGUUUGUAGUUGGAGAGUGAUUGUGUUUUUUUUCUUUUCUUUUUCUUCCUUUUUUUUAUUCUCUUCUUCUAUUUUGACGGGUUUUUUUUCCCAGCGAACAUUAAUGUUAAUAGUUAUUGUAUCUGAAAUUUUCAGUUAGCGUCAGUUUGCGGUCAUAAACUUUCUAUGAAAUUAUAUUAAAAAUACUGGCUUGAAAGCUUGAGAGAAAUAUUUAUUUCCCUUUUAUUUU